AUGAAGCUCAGCGUCUCCUACGGUCAACUCUUCGCCCUCUUGGGAUCCCUCUUGUUCGUCUCACAAGCGAGCGCAAAGUGCUCGACCUCGACCUUCAAGCAUCCAGGACUCCUGCACACGACCGAGGAUUUCAACCGCAUCACGGGAUUCCUCGACGCCAACAAGGAACCAUGGACCACCGGCCUCGAUAAACUCGCGGCUCGCGCCAACUCUCGCUACACUCCGAGCCCCAAGGAGGUCGUUUGCCGCGGCGGCCCGGGCCGUGAGUGCAUCCCGCAGAACUACGCCUCCCUCUUCCGCGACGCGGCCGCCGCCUACGCCAACGCCGUCUACUGGAGGCUCACGGGCGACGAGGCGCACGCCAACGCCUCCGCCAGGAUCCUCGACGCCUGGAGCGGCACGAUCCAGCGCAUCCACGGCCCCUCGGACAGGUACCUCGCCAGCGGCAUCUACGGAUACCAGCUCGCCAACGCGGCCGAGAUCCUCCGGGGGUGGGCCGCGUGGGACGGGCUGCCGGCCGUGACCGAGAUGCUCGAGAGCGUCUUCUACCCGAUGAACCACGACUUCCUCGUCAACCACAACGGCGCCGUCGUCGAGCACUACUGGGCCAACUGGGACCUGGCCAACAUGUGCACGAUGCAGGCCAUCGGCAUCCUCUCGGACAACAGGACCAUGUACAACGAGGCGGUCGACUACUUCAAGCACGGGGCGGGCAACGGGGCCAUCGAGAAGGCCGUCUGGAAGCUGCACACGGAGCCGGGAACGAACAAGACGCUCGGCCAGGGCCAAGAGGCAGGGCGCGAUCAGGGCCACUCCCUGUUGGACUUUGCCCUCCUCGGCGUCUUUGCCCAGCAGUCGUACAACCAGGGCGACGACUUGUUCUCGUACCUUAACAACAGGAUUCUCGCGGGCUCGGAGUACGUCGCAAAGUACAACCUUGGACACGACGUCCCCUUUGCGAACUUCACCAACAGCCACGGCACUGCGACGGCCAUCAGCGCGGCCGGGCGGGGAGAGCUCCGGCCCAUGUGGGAGCUGCUUUACGCCCACUACGGUGUCAUCAAGGGGCUCAAUGCUUCCUGGACCGAGGAGAUGCGUGAUUAUACGGUGAAGGAAGCCAGAGGCCCGGAGGGUGGCGGCGGAGACUACGGCCCGAACAGCGGCGGGUACGAUCAGCUGGGGUUCGGGACUCUGCUGUACCGACUCGAAUGA